AUGGCGUUGAACCUCCUCCCCCGCAUGCCCUCCCUCUCCGUCCUCGCCGCAGCCGACAACGUCUGCCGCAUCGACCUCACCGUCCUCUUCCCCGACUGCGCCUCCAUCGAGAUCGGCGUCCCGGCCGAGCAGCCGCACUCGGUUGACGUCCAGCCUUCCACCAUCUAUGUGACUGUCACUCCUCCUACUGUCACUGUUCCUCCUCGUGACGACCACCCUCAUGGUGGUCCUGGCGGACACCCGCACUGGCCUGUCACUGCUACUACCACUUGCGAUGAGGAGGGGCUUGUGACGGCUAUGCCCAUCCCUACUGGUAGACCUCCCUUUGGACCUGGUGGUCCGGGUGGUCCUGGCAACGUUGGUCCCGGUAGCGGUGGCCCUGGUGCUGGUAACAAUGGACCGGGCAAUGGAAACAACGGCCCCGGUAACGGUGGUCCUGGUGGUCCGGGUAACAACGGACCUGGCAACAGUGGUCCGGGUAACGGCGGUCCCGGUAACGGCAACAACGGACCUGGAAACGGUGGUCCCGGUAACGGCAACAACGGCCCCGGCAAUGGUGGUCCCGGCGGACCUGGCAACAACGGCCCCGGAAACGGAAACGGCGGCCCCAACGGUCCCGGCUCCGGCAACGGCCCCAACCCAGGCCGCCCCUCUACCACCCUCGCCACCAUCACCCGCCCUGCUCUCCCCACCUCCACCAGCACCUCGUGCCCUCUGCCCCCCUUCCUCUCCAUCUCCACCACCCUCACCGACAUGCUCGACCUAGACCUCAAGCUCUACAUGGACCUCUCCUCCCUCACCUCCGGCGUCUCCUCCAUGUUGGAAUCCGUCGUUCCCGGCCUCGGCGAGGGCCUCAGCAACCUGAUGGGAGCCAACAACCUCCCCGCUUCUCCUUCCAACCCGCCCACCACUCAGCGCUCUCGCUUCCGCACUUUGCCCUGCGGUACAUCGCUUGGAAGCUUGCCGGGGGGCAAUACUACUACUGUCCCCAUCAACGACGACAACACUGAUGGUCCCGAUGGAAAUGGCAACGGCAACGGUAACGGUAACAACGGUAACAACGGCAACGGCUCUGGUAGCUCGGCAAUCGAGGAGUGCAUCAAGCGCUGCGAACAAGAUGCUAUCACGACCAGUCUCGAGCUGAUGAACCUGAGGGAUUGCUUGGGCGUUACUGUUGAUCGCAAGACUACCGUGGAUAACUGCUUGUACUUUGUCGGUCCUAAGGGCGAGAAGUUGCCUAUUUUGGACUUGGGGAUUGUGGUUGAUAUGACUGGGCUUCUUGGCGAGGACGCUUCUGGUGCUGAGGGUGUGGAGAGUGCGGUGAAGGAUGGUGAGGAGGUU